AUGGAGCAGGCCGUCCCUCUUUUACACGAAACAUACUUGGAGAACGUGGCGGAGACGUAUCCUCACCCUUUACCCAACGACCCAUCCGUACCAACACGUCGACAAUUGAAACCCGAGCAAUGGAAAUGGACCCAAUUCAAGCACAUGUUGAAAAGCUGCCUCGGUGGCGUCUUACCGACCUACAUGCACCGUAGGGGAACGGCCGGCAGAAAGGAACCCCAUCCGACAGCCUACCUUGACGCCCUGCGCGGCUACGCAGCUCUGAUCGUUUUCUUCUACCACUCGUUCCCUCUCCCCAGCAUAUGGGUGUUCCAGAACUUGUUCUUCCUCCGCGUCCUCUUCCGCGGCGGGCCCGGCAUGGUGGCCAUUUUCUUCGUCAUCUCCGGAUACGUGCUGAGCUAUCGUAUACUCGUCAUGACACACAAUAGGGAUCCCGCCAAGUUGCUGGAUUGUCUUGCCUCGUCGACGUUCCGGAGAUGGCUCAGAUUAUACGGCAGUACGGGCGUCGCAACGUUCGUAGCCAUGGCAUUCACUCAGCUGGGGUGGUUUAGGCCCCACGCCACAGAAAGAAAAGACACACUCCAUGAUCAGUUGUGGGACUGGUUCAAUGACUGGCUAUACUCGAGCGACCCGUUUGCGCCUCUCCAAGGGUGGAUCGACGGGGGAGCGUUCGGAUCCAGGUACCUGUACCAGAUGUGGACCAUCCCCGUGGAAUACCGAGGCAGCAUGGUGGUGUUUGUGUUUUGCGCCGCGUCGUGCAAACUGUCGACCCGAUCAAGGUGGAUCGCUCUCUGGACGGUGGCCCUGCUGGCUUACUACUGGCGGGCCGUGUACGUCGCGGAAUUCCUCGCGGGCACAUUCAUCGCAGACCUAGCGCUGCUUCGACACCCCGAGCGCGUCAUCGGUAAACUCUUGCCCCAAGCGGAAACAAGCGAGAAGCAGCCAACAGCACCACCGGGUUGGUGGCAAGCCCACGCUGUAGCAAGCAAACUCGGCUGCAUCGUCAUGUGUACGGCCGGGCUCUUCCUGCUCAAUCAGCCCGACGAUCCCGACACCAACCCUGAGAUUCCCUACCCGUGGCCCUAUCUGCUCCGACUCGUGCCUUCGUGGUACGGCGAAGCGAUGUACACUUUUUGGGUCAGCAUCGGAGCCAUCCUCCUCGUCUUCGCGCUGGAUAAUUACCCAGCGUUGCAAAUUCCCUUCAAUUGGAGUUUCUCUCAAUACUUGGGUGACCUCUCCUUUGGAAUCUACUGCAUGCACAUCAUUGUGGUGGAGAGUCUCUUCAAGCCGAUCCUCAACCCUUGGCGCGAGAAGACCCUGGGGGAGGGAUAUCUUGCCUGUUUUGCGAUCGAGGCGGUCGCCACGAUAUGUGUGCUUUGGAUGGCCGACCAGUUCACGCGGGCGGACAAGAUGGUCGUCCGGUUAGGGAGGUGGCUGCAACGGAGGACAUUCCAGAAGUGGUGA